AUGCCCGGCUUGGACCCGAAAGUAGCUGUCCAUCACCUUGCCGUCAAGAAUGGUGCUCGUCCUGUUAAACAAGCCCAAAGGCGCUUUAGGCCGGACUUGAUUCGAGUGUGCGUUGACUCCAGGGAUCUCAAAAAUGCGUGCCCGAAUGAUGAAUUCUCCCGUCCUAUUCUAGAGCUGAUGAUCGAUGCUACUAUUGGGUACGAGACAAUGUCAUUUGUGAACGGUUCAUCGGGCUAUAACCAAAUUUGCACGACGCCAAAAGAUGAAGAGCUUACUGCACCCAAGGGCAUUUAUUGCUACAAGAUCCCUCAAAAGGCUAUAAAAGGACGAGCGUUAGCGGACUUCUUGGCAGAUCACCAUAUACCCGAUGAUUGGGAGCUAACUGACGAACUACUUGAUGAGGACACAAUGGUCAUUGAAGUUCAGCCUCCAUAG